AUGGCAAACUUCACUGACGAAGAAUUGUGUAUCAUUGCGAUCAUUUUAGACGAGGAAACCGAAGAAGAGAAGAAGACUCCAAAGAGACGAAAGUGGGUGUAUGAGGCAAGGCAAAAAACAGACAGCGAAGGAGAGUUCUUGACACUGUAUAAGGAACUGAUUGAAGAUGGAACUAAAUUUUAUCAAUAUUUCAGAAUGUCUGAAUAUUGUUUUAAUACGUUACUUGAAAAAUUGGAUGUAUAUUUAAAGAAAAAAGAUACACAUUGGAGAAAAGCUAUAACACCAAAGGAACGGUUAGCAGUUUGCCUAAGAUAUUUAGCGACGGGGGAUUCUUUACAGACAAUUUCUUUCAGUUACCGUUUGGGACAUAGCACAGUACAAACAAUUGUAAACGAUACUUGUAAGAUUAUAUGUGAAAACCUAUUGGCCGAAAUGAUGCCAAAUCCAACGGAAGAUAUGUGGAUAUCUAUUGCCAAUGACUACAAUAAAAUUUGGAACUUCCCAAAUUGCGUAGGCGCUUUGGAUGGCAAACAUGUCAACAUUCAAGCUCCUCCAAAUAGUGGGUCGUUGUACUUUAAUUACAAGAAGAUGUUCUCAGUAGUCUUAAUGGCUCUUGUUGAUGUUAAGUACAAUUUUAUUGCAGUUGACGUUGGUGCAUACGGAAAAAGUAGCGAUGGGGGAAUUUUUACAAAUUCUAAUUUAGGUAAAGCUAUUGAACAAGAUAAACUACGAAUACCACGAAGUGUAAAGUUGCCUAACACAUCUAUUGAAGUUCCAUAUGUUAUUGUAGGGGACGAAGCAUUCCCUUUAAAAACAUAUUUAAUGCGACCCUACCCACGACAAGAUUUGGAUGUUUCUAAACGUAUUUUCAAUUACCGUUUCAGCCGUGCUAGAAGAGUGGUUGAAAAUACAUUUGGAAUAUUAUCUCAAAAAUUCAGAAUUUACAGUAGGAGAAUUCAAGCAACGCCGAAAAAUGUGGAUAGCAUUAUACUGGCGACCUGUAUAUUGCAUAACUUUAUUAAAAAAUAUGAUACCAACACCUACAGUUACGAAAGGAAUGAAACUUACAUUAAUGGACCUAUUGAUAAAGGACUAGAAAACUUACGUAUGCAAGGUGGCAAUGCUACAAAGGAUGCCUUUUGA